UCCAAGGACCCAGGAAUGCCCCCCCGCCCACCCCCCUGGCGGGCGGGGGGAGGGCUCAGCCGGGAGUUUGGCAAACUCCUCCCCGCGUUGAGUCAUUCGCCUCUGGGAGGUUUAGGAAGCGGCUCCGGGUCGGUGGCCCCAGGACAGGGGAGAGCGGGCGCUAUGGGGAGCCGGACGCCAGGGUCCCCUCUCCACGCCGUGCAGCCACGCUGGGGCCCCCGGCACCGAUCCGCGCCGCUGCCGCUGCUGCUGCCCCUGCUGCUGCUGCUGCUGCCGCCGACACCCAGGGUCGGGGGCUUCAACUUAGACUCGGAGGCCCCAGCUGUGCUCUCGGGGCCCCCCGGUUCCUUCUUCGGCUUCUCCGUAGAGUUUUACCGGCCGGGAACAGACGGGGUCAGCGUGCUGGUGGGAGCACCCAAGGCUAACACCAGCCAGCCAGGCGUGCUGCAGGGUGGUGCUGUCUACCUCUGCCCCUGGGGCACCAGCCUGGCACCGUGCACCCCUAUUGAGUUUGACAGCAAAGGCUCUCGGAUCCUGGAGUCCUCCCUCUCCAACCCCGAGGGGGAGGAACCUGUGGAGUACAAGUCCUUUCAGUGGUUCGGAGCAACCGUUCGCGCCCAUGGCUCCUCCAUCUUGGCCUGCGCUCCGCUGUACAGUUGGCGCACAGAGAAGGAGCCGCUGAGCGAUCCCGUGGGCACCUGCUACCUCUCCACAGACAACUUCACCCGGAUUCUGGAGUACGCACCUUGCCGCUCAGAUUUCAGCUGGGCAGCAGGCCAGGGUUACUGCCAAGGUGGCUUCAGUGCUGAGUUCACCAAGACUGGGCGCGUGGUGCUGGGUGGACCAGGGAGCUAUUUCUGGCAAGGCCAGAUCCUGUCGGCCACCCAGGAGCAGAUUGCAGGGUCCUAUUACCCUGAGUACCUCAUCAACCUGGUUCAGGGGCAGCUGCAGACGCGCCAGGCCAGUUCCUUCUACGACGACAGCUAUCUGGGUUACUCUGUGGCUGUGGGUGAAUUCAGUGGUGAUGACACAGAAGACUUUGUUGCUGGCGUGCCAAAAGGGAACCUCACCUACGGUUAUGUAAGACCCUGCCUGACCCCCUCUUCCUGUCACUGGAUUGGGGAGGGGAGGCGGCCAGGCAAGGUGUCAGGAUGCCUAGAUUGUUCCCCUGCCCCCAGGCUGGAUGACUUGCUGGUGGGAGCACCCCUGCUCAUGGAGCGGACAGCUGAUGGGCGGCUCCAGGAGGUAGGCAGGGUCUACAUCUACCUGCAGCAGCCAGCCGGCAUGGAGCCCACACCCACCCUCACCCUUACUGGCCAUGAUGAGUUUGGCCGAUUUGGAAGCUCCUUGACCCCCCUGGGGGACCUGGACCAAGAUGGCUACAAUGAUGUGGCCAUUGGGGCUCCCUUUGGUGGGGAGACCCAGCAGGGAGUGGUGUUUGUAUUCCCUGGGGGCCCAGUGGGGCUGGGCUCUAAGCCUUCCCAGGUGCUGUUGCCCCUCUGGGCAACUGGCCACACUCCAGACUUCUUUGGCUCUGCCCUUCGAGGAGGCCGAGACCUGGAUGGCAACGGAUACCCUGAUCUGAUUGUGGGGUCCUUUGGUGUGGACAAGGCUGUGGUAUACAGGGGUCGCCCCAUCGUGUCUGCCAGUGCCUCCCUCACCAUCUUCCCUGCCAUGUUCAACCCAGAGGAGCGCAGCUGCAGCUUGGAGGGGAACCCUGUGGCCUGCAUCAACCUUAGCUUCUGCCUCAACGCCUCUGGAAAGCACGUUCCUGAUUCCAUCGGCUUCACGGUGGAGCUCCAGUUGGACUGGCAGAAGCAGAAGGGAGGAGUACGGCGCGCACUGUUCCUGGCCUCCAGGCAGGCGACCCUGACCCAGACCCUGCUCAUCCAGAAUGGGGCCCGGGAGGACUGCAGAGAGAUGAAGAUCUACCUCAGGAACGAGUCAGAGUUCCGAGACAAACUCUCCCCGAUUCACAUUGCCCUCAACUUCUCCCUGGACCCGCAAGCCCCCGUGGACAGCCACGGCCUCCGGCCAGUCUUACAUUACCAGAGCAAGAGCCGCAUUGAGGACAAGGCUCAGAUCUUACUGGACUGUGGAGAAGACAACAUCUGUGUGCCAGACCUGCAGCUGGAAGUGUUUGGGGAGCAGAACCACGUGUACCUGGGUGACAAGAACGCUCUGAACCUAACCUUCCACGCCCAGAAUGUGGGUGAGGGUGGCGCCUAUGAGGCUGAGCUUCGGGUCACGGCUCCUCCGGAGGCCGAGUACUCAGGACUCGUCAGACACCCAGGGAACUUCUCCAGCCUGAGCUGUGACUACUUUGCCGUGAACCAGAGCCGCCUACUGGUGUGUGACCUGGGCAACCCCAUGAAGGCAGGAGCCAGUCUCUGGAGUGGCCUUCGGUUCACAGUUCCUCACCUCCGGGACACGAAGAAAACGAUCCAGUUUGACUUCCAGAUCCUCAGCAAGAACCUCAACAACUCACAGAGCGAAGUGGUUUCCUUCCGGCUAUCGGUGGAGGCUCAAGCCCAGGUCUCCCUUAACGGUGUCUCCAAACCUGAAGCAGUGCUAUUCCCAGUGAGCGACUGGCAUCCCCCAGACCAGCCUCAGAAGGAGGGGGACCUGGGCCCUGCUGUCCACCAUGUUUAUGAGCUCAUCAACUGGGGCCCCAGCUCCAUUAGCCGGGGCGUGCUGGAGCUCAGCUGUCCCCAGAGCCUGGAAGGGCAGCAGCUCCUCUACAUGACCAGGUUUACAGGACUCAGCAACUGUACCUCCAACCACCCCCCCAACUCAGAGCACCUGGAGCUGGAUCCCGAGGCUUCCCAGAACCACAGGCUGCAAAGACGGGAAGCUCCAGGCCAGAGCCCUGCCUCUGGGCCUCAGAUCCUGAAAUGCCCAGAGGCCGAGUGUUUCAGGCUGCGCUGUGAGCUUGGGCCACUCCACCGGCAAGAAAGCCGAAGUCUGCAACUGCAUUUCCGGGUCCGGGCCAAGACCUUCCUGCAGCGAGAGCACCAGCCAUUUAGCCUGCAGUGUGAAGCUGUGUACGAAGCUCUGAAGAUGCCCUACCGAAUCCUGCCUCGGCAGCUUCCCCGAAAGGAACUUCUGGUGGCCACGGCUGUGCAGUGGACCAAGGCAGAAGGCGGCCACGGUGUCCCACUGUGGAUUAUUAUCCUCGCCAUCCUCAUUGGCCUCCUGCUCCUCGGUCUGCUCAUCUACAUCCUCUACAAGCUCGGAUUCUUCAAACGCUCCCUCCCCUAUGGCACCGCCAUGGAAAAAGCUCAGCUCAAGCCUCCAGCCACCUCAGAUGCCUGACGCCUAUUCCCAGACUCCAAUCCUGAAGGCUCAGUCCCCCCACCCUCAGUCUACUGACGGGGAAGGGGCUGGGUGCUUCCUGAAGGUGCUGAGGGCCAGGGAGACGCUCCUCUCCCAGCCCAGAGACAUACUUGAAGGGCCAGAGCCGGGAGGUGAGGAGCUGAGGAUCCCCACCCCCCAUGCACUGUGAAGGACCCUCGUUUACACAUGCCCUCCCCACGGACGGGGGAACUGAGAUCCAGGGACAGAUGCCUAGCCUCCCUGCAGCCUUUGCAUUUUGGAGAGAGUUUCCUGAAAACAACUUGGAACCAGAACUGGGGAAUCCAAUCCCAGUUCUCUGGGCCAGACUUGCCACCAGCUCCAGCCUGCAGAGAUCUGUCCACAGCCUUGCCAGAGUUCCACCAGAGGCCCCGGCUAAGAACCUGGAACCUGGGGAGUGAGCCCUGGCAGCUCUGGACAGCCCCCACCUCGGUGGGCAAAUAAAGAACACUAACUGUGGAUGGUGCCCAGGACCAGCUCAGGACAGAUUCCAAACAAGGAUCGAUGCUGGCCCAGAACCAGCUCCAAGGAGAAUCCGAACUCAAAUGGGGCCAGAUUGAACCUGGGGCCUGGGGUUGAUCUGGGACCCAGACUCAGCCAUUGAGAACCUAACCAGGCAGAUUCAGGACAACAUUUGAACCUGCACCGGACACCUGGGCCUGGAGGCCCAAUCCACCUCUGACUCGGGAGAAGUCAGGAAUUGCCCAGGACUCUGAAGGGGCCAUGAUGGCAACAGAUCUGGAACCUCAGCCUGGCCAAAGGCAGGCCCUCCCAGUCCCCCAGAGAAAGGGGAGCCCACUCUCUCGGGCCUGCAGGAUUUGGGUUCUGCCCGCCAGCUGCACUGACGCUGCCCUUCCUCUCUUUGCCCAACCCUCCCCUCCCCUCCCCUCGGCUCGGGACACCCGGGACUUAUUUAAACUCUGUUAGCGUGCAAUAAACCCGGCCCGGUGCCCCCACUGACCAGA